AUGGAACUGCAGUUCAUUGAUCAGAGCCUUAGCAGGAUAGGCCGCUCUGACAGGCGCAUCAUCCGCUCCCACGUCAUGCGAGGGAAGAACACGGGCAAGCAGCGCCGAUCCACCAAGAAGCAAAGGAACUUUGCAGAGCUCAAUUCGAUCUUGUGUGCUCCACGAUUUGGAUACGCAAUCCCGCGGCAGGUGCUCUGGAGCGACCUAUGUGCCACUUCGUUCCCUCAAGAGCUCGACUCUCAGUCCAUGGGGCUUAUGCAUCGAUGGUUCUUCGAGAUUAGUGAUGCGCUAUUUCCGCCGCAGUUCUGUACCAAGUUCGACAUUGUAAAAUCGAUUUGGGUUAAUUGCAUUCUCGCAGAUGAAGCCUAUUUCCACACUACUCUAGCUAUAUCGGCGUCUUAUGUUGACUUCUUUCAGCGGAAGCCAGCAAUAUCGCCUAAAAAUCUUCACCAUAUCUCCAAGGCGUACGCUUUGGUCAACAUUAAACUUUCGGGUCCCUUCCCCGUUUCCGACAGUGCCAUAGCUGCUGUGGUUAGUCUCGCAAUAUACCAGCAAGUACAUCACCAGCCGACAAUCGGAAUGGUACAUCUCCAAGGGCUCUAUCGCAUGAUUCAGCUGCGGGGUGGGAUCGUAGAGCUAAUGAAAGAAAAUCGUGUACUGGCAAUGAAGCCGCUGAGGCUCGAUAUUGAAUUAGCAAUCCAGAAUGGCACACCCACCUUAUUUCACGGCAAUGAAGUGCCGAUUCACUCGGUCCUAUGCGAUCCCGAUGCUAGCAGUGCGCAUUUUCCCGGAGUUACCCCUUGGAUGCCACCCAUCAUGCUAGAUCUGCUCAGCUUCUCAAAGCUGCUUAACGCAACAGAGAAAAGGCCAGAACCAAAACUUGACCCUCUAGACUAUACAGAGACACUUCUCUCGCUCUUGUAUCGCCUUGUUGAUGGCUCGUCUCCAAUGGAAGCCUCUACCAAAACCGGGGGACUCUGUGAACAUGUGACGUACCUUGCAAUGCUAUCAUUUAUGACGACUUUGUUACCUGAGUUCAACCGCGCUGGGCCUAGCUUCCCCCUUCUUUCUGAUCGUCUGGGUAGCGCUCUGCAAGACCUUUGCGUCACGGCAUCAUGGCAUACGGAUUAUAAUUUACCCCUGAUGUUAUGGAUUCUUUUCAUAAGCGGGAUAUCGGGGUUAAGCUUAAAGGACCAUCACUGGAUAUCACCUUUAAUUGUCGACAGUUGCACAAGGCUAGGCUUGAAAAAUUGGACAGCCAUCCAGCAGCAGCUAAGUCAGUUUCCUUGGAUAUUCACUUUGCACGAAGCCCCAGGCUGUCGUCUAUGGGAGGAUGUACGAUUGGGGAGCAGAGAGAAUUUACAGGAUACUCUAUCACGAUAA